CAGAUGAUAUUACUUCUAUCUAUCAAACAUUCGGUUUUAUCUAUAAAAUGAAUGAAAUAUAUGUAACAAAAACGUGAUGCAUAUUCGUGAUUUCUAAACUUCACAUAGUACUUGGUGGAAACUCUUGAAUCCAUUGCAGUUAAAGCAAGAAGAAUUCAUACAUCACGAUGGUUGCCUUAGCAGGUGUUCUAACCACGGAAGUUUUGGAUCAACUACGUGCAAAAUUCUUUGAAGAUAAUCGCAACAUUUUGGCACAAAAUGUAUGCACAAGAAUCAAUCCAUUGGAAGCUUGUGUUUCGCGAAAAGUUUUGCAAGAAACACAGCAUGUGUUUACUCAUAAAAUUGCAACAGAGGGAAAACCUAUAACAAAUCAAAAGAAUUCUGGCAGAUGUUGGGUAUUUUCUGCUUUAAAUGUUAUAAGAAGUGCCUUUAUGAAGCAAUACAAUUUGGAUGAGUUUGAGUUCAGUCCAGCUUAUUUGUUCUUCUGGGAUAAAGUUGAAAGAUGCAAUUAUUUCUUACAUAAUAUAGUAAAAACCGCCAAACAAAAUGAACCUGUAGAUGGUCGAUUAGUGUCAUUUUUAUUACAUGAUCCUAUUUGUGAUGGAGGACAAUGGGACAUGUUUGUUAAUCUCAUAAAUAGACAUGGUCUUAUUCCUAAAAUCUGUUUCCCAGAAUCAUAUAAUUGCGAAUCUAGUUCACGCAUGAAUACUCUUUUAAAAAGUAAAUUGAGAGAAUAUUCCAAAGUUUUGAGAGAUUUAGUAUCCAAUGGGGCAACAGACGAAGAAUUAGAAGCUCGGAUUCUAGAACAAAUGGUCGUGAUCUACCGAAUAAUCGGUAUUUGUUUAGGCAUACCAUCGAAAACAAUUACUUGGGAGUAUUAUGAUAAGUCAAAGAAUUAUAAUUGUAUUGGACCUAUAACACCAGUAGAAUUUUAUGAGAAACAUGUGAAACCCUAUUAUAAUGUAGAUGAUAAAGUAUGCUUAGUAACAGAUCCUAGGCCAUCUAAUCCAUAUGGAAAACUUUACACCGUAGACUGUUUAGGAAAUGUUUUGGGAGGAAGACCUACGCUGUAUAAUAAUCAACCACCCGAGUUAUUAAUGAAAUUAUGCGCAGAAAGUAUAAAGCAAAAUGAACCAGUGUGGUUCGGAUGUGACGUGAAUAAACGAUUAAUAGCUAAACAAGGAAUACAAGACAUGAGAGCAUACGAUUUCGAAUUAAUGUUUGGAACUGAUAUUCAAAUUAAUCUUACGAAAGCAGACAGAUUACUUUAUGGAGAUUCUAUGAUGGUUCAUGCAAUGACAUUUACAGCUGUUUCGAUUGAUAAUGAUGGUAAAAUUAAACAGUUUCGGGUAGAGAAUUCUUGGGGAGAUGAUCAAGGACAGAAAGGAUAUUUAUUACUAACAGCAGAUUGGUUUUCCGAAUUUGUUUUUGAAACAGUUGUUGACAAAAAAUUAGUACCUGCAGACGUUUUGAAUGUAUUUAAACAAGAAGCUAUUAUUCUACCCGCAUGGGAUCCUAUGGGUACACUUGCUCACUGAUAAUAAUCUGGCCUUGUUGAAUUAAACUCAAAGCAGUGUACAAUUUACAACGAGCAAUUAAAAAGGGAUCUCUGACACGAAGUGCUAAUUCAAAUUGCUUUAUAGAAAUUUUUCCAGCCAUCUCAGCCUGUGUAGAAAAAGAACAUUUAAAUGCAGAUGACACAUUAUAAUAUAAAUCAUUCAAACA